CAAGCGCACUUCUGACUUCCGGAUAUUUUCUCAGCUGUGUUUACAAAAAAAAAUCAACGAAUUUGUUUUUGUUGCAGUUGAGAGUGAUCUUAUACCUUUUCAGACAGUCAUGGCGGACAUGAUGGAAGCAGAUGCGGGGGACCAAUCAGAGGGGUCAAGCAUUUAUGGUACUUUGUCUGCCUUCAACAUCGACAAGAAAAUUGGAAAGGGACAGUUCUCAGAAGUUUACAGGGUCAUCUGUAAAGCCACUGGGGAUGUGCUGGCUCUGAAAAAAGUGCAGAUAUUUGAAAUGAUGGAUGCAAAGGCAAGACAGGAUUGUAAGAAAGAAAUUGAUUUGUUAAAGGUACUGAACCACCCAAAUGUGAUAAAAUACCUGGAGUCCUUUAUUGAGGAUAAUGAACUCAACAUUGUUCUGGAGUUGGCUGAUGCUGGCGAUCUCUCAAGGAUGAUCAAGCACUUCAAGCGCCAGACUCGCCUUAUCCCGGAAAAGACCAUCUGGAAGUACUUCAUUCAGAUCUGCAGCGCCCUCAACCACAUGCACUCCAGAAGGAUCAUGCACCGUGACAUCAAGCCAGCCAAUGUGUUCAUUACGGCACAGGGCGUGGUCAAACUUGGGGACCUUGGGCUGGGGCGGUUCUUCAGCUCCAAAACAACUGCUGCUCACUCUCUUGUCGGCACCCCAUAUUACAUGUCCCCAGAGAGGAUACAUGAGAAUGGAUACAACUUUAAGUCAGAUAUCUGGUCCCUUGGCUGCUUGCUCUAUGAGAUGGCCGCUCUACAGUCACCCUUCUAUGGGGACAAGAUGAAUCUCUACUCACUUUGUAAGAAGAUAGACAAGUGUGAUUACCCGCCCCUGCCCUCAGAUGUGUACUCUGAACAGCUUCGUAAGCUGGUGGCCAUGUGUAUCAACCCCAUCCCAGAGCACCGGCCCGACAUCUCCUAUGCGUAUCACGUAGCACAAGAGAUGCAUGCACACUUCCAAGGCCAGGCCCAGCAGCUACUGCAGCAACAACAACAGCAACAGCAACAACAACAGCUGCAACAUCAGCAGCAACAACAGCAGUUUCAGCAGCUAACGCCUGAACAACAACAACAGUUGUUGGCACAGCAGGGAAACAUACAGAUUGUUAGUGCCCAGCAGUUAACUCCACAACAACAACAGAUGUUGCUGCAGCAGCAACAGUUACAACAACAGCUACAGCAACAGCAGCAGUAUCAGCAGCAACAGGCUCUGCUACAACAGCAGAUGAUGCAGCAACAAGCACCAACAGAGCAGAAACAGACAACUUAAACUCUAACUUGUCGGUUUAAGCUCGACUAGAAAGGAACUCUCGUUAAGGUUGAUGUUGUUAUGGUUAGGUUACAUAUCACUAAAUAUGUGGUGACCUACGAAGAAGGCCACCGUUAACAUUGUGAUCAUUUUACCUCAUCCAGUGACUGGGAAAGGUAGUCUGAGGAAUUUUUAAAAUUUAAUGGGAUCUUGUCAAAAUUAAAUGAGAUGACUUAUAAACAUUUCAAAUAUAACAUUUGAAAAUAUACAGAGAGCUUCAAAGACUUAUGACACAGUGAUUAUUUAUAUGAUUACUAAAUGCUCAGUUUUUCCUCUAAACACUUUAAUCUACACAUAUAAUAUUAUCAGCGUCUGAUCAAAACUGACCAUAUUUUUGUCUGGUUUACACUUAUAUAACAAUUAUUGGCAAACAACUAUCAUUUUGAGAGACCAAUUGAAGCCAGUCUAUGAAAAAUUUACUAAAACAUAUGUUUAUCAAUCUCAAGUAAUGUCACUGAUGUGACAAUGUUUGUGUUGGAUGAUUUUUUGCGAUAUUUACAUGGAAACUUGCACGGGUUUCCCAGUCACUGCUCACCUAGUCACAUUACACAACAUUCAUGUCGGCACAUUGAGUGUGUACUUGAAAUAUCUGUGAAUAUUAAUAAUUCUAAUUUAUUGGAAUUAAAUAUUACUUUGAGGUGUACUUGAAAUAUCUGUGAAUAUUAAUAAUUCUAAUUUAUUGGAAUUAAAUAUUACUUUGAUUGUUUUUUUGGAGUGAGUUAGUGCAGGUGACUCAUAAAUGUAAUUCACUUCAAAAAAAUAAUAUGAAUGAAUGUAUAGAACAGGGGCUGUAUUCGAUAACCACCUUAGAUUUGACUUAGUUUUGAGAUUUGAAUCCAAGUCUUUUGAUUGGACUCUAAAAAUAACUGGCCAAUGGAGUGACUGGAUUCAGUGAGGCAUGUGUAAGGUUAAGUUUAAGAAUGAUAUUGAAUACAACCCCUGGUAGAAGUAAUAAUUUUAAGAGUUUUGCUCCACACAUUUUUUCAUUCUGUUAUACAUUUUUAUUUACUUGGAUGAUAUCUCUAGCAAAGUGAUCUGACAGAAUUUAUUGGAAUUGUAUUAUUGACUUUGAUCAGGUUUCUUUUUAAGUUGCCUGUUUUUUGUGGAAAAAAGCUGAGGUACCGUAUUGUAAUAGCCUUGGUAUUGUGGGUGUGCAAAAACUUUUAAGUAAACGUGACCAUAACAUAAAAAUCUUUAAGUGUAUUCAGGUGAAAUUUGGUACUCGUGUUACCAGAGAGAAAACACAUGUACACAAAAGCCCAUAACUCUAACUUCAAUAAUUGUUGAGUUAUGGCCCUUUUGACUGAAAAAUAACAGACAAGCAUUGUUGCUUUGUUCUUUGACACUCUUGUUUGUGUGCAGACAGUGCCAUUACAGGACUUUCUGUCUCUGCUCUUUGCCAAAUAAUAAUUGUGUGUGCAUGUUAUUAAUGGACAUUAAAAUGCUGUAUAUUCAAUUUUUGCUGGAUAAUAAUUUAUUCGAGACGUUUUGUGGGCAUUUAUAAAUAAUCAAAUAAAAUGUUUGCAUUCAUAAGAAAUAUUCUGUCAUUUGAAGAGAAAUGUAAAGAUUUUUUUAUUUUUCUUCCUAAAGAUUCCAAGAGUAUUCAUCAGAACUCUUGUCACAUAUUAAGAAUGAGAACAUAUAUUUAUAAUUCACAUUUUUAUUGUUGAGCUAUUCCCAUCGGUCAAUGGAGAAAAAAUUGAACUGUUUUGAGAAGAGUUUGAACUAUUUAAAAAAUUACAGUAUACAAAGUUAUACAACCUUUUAUAGGGACCCUCAUUCUACCAAAGUGCUUUAAUUUAUAAGUAAGGAAAGUGCUGUUAUCUACAGAAUGUACAACAUGUACAUAAAAUAUUUGAUUUAUUUUCACUUCUCAUUUGAAAAAAAAGAUCCCAUUUUCAUUGUUAAAGCAUCAUAUAUAUAAACAUGUCUGUAUACAUUGACUUCACUCUAAAUUUCGUCAAAAUGAAAUUUCAUAGCACAUUUUACACCAAAUUUGCACUUUUAUCCAAAUUUUAAAGAUCUCGUUUUUCAAGUUGUGUAUUCACUAUGUUUGUGUAAUAUUUACAUGUAUAUAAUUAGAAUUACUUAUUUUGUUUAAUUAUUGUGACGCUGGUUUAUUGCAUAAAUAGAUCUUUGAAUUAAAUUUUAUCUUUAUGGGCUGGCCUGUAACGAUUUUUACAUUAAUCUAUGUACUUUGUUCUAUAAUAUAUAUUGUACAGUACUUCCUAAUUUUAUAAUAGAUGAUCAGAUUACAUGAAUUCGCUAUGAUAUAUUAGACCUGGGGAAUGAAUUGUAUUGAAAAUGAGGUUAAAUUUGAUUUUUUUUUUAAUAAAUGAAUUUCAAGAUUUUUCUUGAAAAGUGUCUGAAAUGGACUUGAUUUUUUUUCAAAAUGCAGGCAAUGAUUUUUAAUAAUAUUUUGUUUGAAAAAACUGCGUACAAUCUAUUGUAAAAUUUGGUAUAAAGUUUUUUAUUUGAAUGUGUAUUCAGACUUGCUCUCAAAAGAUUAUAUAGCAUUCAUACCCUUAUCCCGUUUUUAGCACUUUUACAAUUAUGUUUGUAGUGUUUUUUUCAUUUAUUGCUUGUUUCUAAAUAUCUCCUUUUGUAAAUUAUGCACAUUUGUCAUUUUUAUUGAGAAUCGUCUUCAACUACAAAACUUGUCCAUGUCAUAAUUUUUACCGUACAUUUCAACAGUAUUGUUCCCCCCUCCCAGCCAUUUUUGAAAUGCUUAUCUUCUAAAUUAUAGAUCUGUAUUUGUCUUUUCCCGGUUAUCUUAAUUGUGCUUCAAUAAGUCCUGAUUACUGUCUUUGGUUUUCUUUUGAAAAUUUUGAUUGAUCAAAAGUCUAAAAUGAUGAUAUUUGGAGAUUUCAAGUUUUUUGCAAAUACAAUAUUGGCUGAUGUUCAAUAUAAGACAACACAUAAACCAUUAAAUGACAAUGGCUUUUUCCUGUGCUUCCUAGUAAUACAAGUGUUUGUUUUGUGUUUUUCUUAAACAACUAGUCAGCAGGCCAGGUGCAGCCUAAAAUUGUUUAGAAGACAAAAAUGAAUGCUGACUUUCUUACUGUUCAGCACAAACUACCUAUCGAAUGCCUCCAUACUAGCCAUGGGCGAGCUUCUGAAUAACUCAUUUAAUAAAACCAUAAAAUGACUAAGGGGAUUUUUGGCAGUAAUUUUUGUAACUGAAUGGAAAUUGGGCAUUUUAAGUGCGAAAAAGAUUCCUUCAAAGUUUUUCAAAAUGAUAAUAUGUGAAAUUAUCCAGUGAUCAAACUGGGGGAGCUAUGAGCCGGACGAUCAUAUAUAGAUAUUAGAGCUUAGAGCAACUUUACCAGUAUAUAUCUCUAUCUCAUUGAUGAUAAUGCUAUGUUGUCUUCUUGUGUGAAAGACUGUAAAUACUUGUUAACUAAGUAACAAUAAGUUUAUAUAAACCUCCCAGUGACCUCCCUGUUUCGCUGCCUUUUUAACAGCGGUAAAAUUUGUCAUUAAGUUAUUUGAAUAUAUAUGUUAUUGACUUGUCCGCCUAGGUUGUAUUAUUACAUUGCAUGUCUCUCAUUGACUGUUAGUUAGACCCUGAACGUUGUGCCUAUUUACAUACUCAUUGUUAAUUGUUGACUACAUGGCUUGGCCGUUUAAUUUCCAUCUUAAAUGAACAAUUAUGUACUCAUAUUGAACAAUUCUGUACUCAUAUCAUGUAAAAGCCACAUAUACUACAUAUUUUGUUAUUCAAUAUUUCAUUCGUGGGCCUUGUAAAAUAUGUUGACUAUUGUACAUCUUUGCAAAGAAUAGUGUUAACUAAUAAGAAAUCAAAAGAAAUAAAGACGAAAAUUGUCUGCAGAAAAUUGUUGAUAGCAAUUUGAGAGAUCAGCAGAAGAUAGGCGUCACUUGUUCCUUUCUCAUGUAUGUAGUUAUGCGGGUAUUUGUUGAAGUGUGAAGUGCAUAAUUAUUUUUAUAUUUAAAAAAAAUCCUAAUGUUUGUAGAUGACAUCACUGAAAGGUUCUUCCAGAAUGCUUGAAUAUCGUUACCCAUGACAGAUGUUGUUGAAGUUGAGAUAUUUUAUUGCUUAUGUUGUAUAGAUAAUUGUUUGUUGAUAUAAUGAACAAGUGAUUAUUCACAUUGUUCUUGUAUUUAAUAGAUGAUCUAUAUAUCUAGCAGGUCGGGUACUGUUAACACUGCUUGUGCAGACUGUUUGUUUUCUGAUAAAGCUCUUUACUGAUAUAGCACUUUAAUAGUAUAAUAUUUCAGAGAGAAAAUGUAUUGUUUUGCAGUUUUCUAUAAUAGCAAGUUUGCCUGAGUAUUUUUGGGGAAAGUUUUGACUAUUUGUCUCAAUACUAGAUAAAAUGAAAUCCAUAAUCCAUCACAAGGUCUUCAUAGUCCUUAUAUACUGGACAUAUAUUACAAUACACUGGGCCGAUUGUUCAGAUCCUUGUUAAUGGCAACAAGGUGAUUUUCAACAUCAUUGUUAAUUCUAAAUGUCAAAUAGAUGAUGAUGUGCUUAUAUUUAAUUAAAUAAAACAAUUACAGCUGUAACAGCUGAUGAAAAGCUUGGUACAAAUACUGCAGAUCAUAGGUGUAUCCGUUAAACUUCCAGCGCUGAGCAGGAAAGUUAACUAUGACAACCUUAACAAGGUUAUGAAGGAUCGGUCCAAUUUACAUUACAUGGAUAAUUGCUUAGGCUAUGUAUGGCUGGUACUCUAUAUUUGUGAUUAGUAGGUUUUUCUUGCAUCAGUCAGGGGCGUUCCUGAAGGAUUUUGAAUUGUAUGCAUGUACAUAUGUGUGAGAUGACAAUAUUUAAAAGUGUGUCAUUGGAUUGGUCCAGAUAUGGUUUAAGGGGUGGGAGAUGGAGGGAUGCCCCCUCCCUUGUAUUUUAAAAAACAACAUUGCAGGUAUGCAAGAACAAUUUUCAAGCAUUUUAUUAAAUGCAAAUAUUAAGUAAAAUUAUGACAAACUUACCAGUAAAAGAUACAUGUAUGUAUACACCACUGAAUAGCUUAUCAAUUUUUAUACUUGAUUUCGAGAUAAAAGAAUAUUCGUUGGAACCAAAAUGGAUUUGUAAGUCAGGGCAUACUGGACUGGAGUAUGCAUAGGCUCGCCUCUUUCUGUAAUUGUAGCACUGCGGUCAAUGGUUGUGUUGUUUCUCAUACAUAUACUUCAAAAAUGAUUGAAAGCAAUGGUGGUUGUGCAAGUUAUUAUUUAUAGUUAAUGCAGAGUGUAUACUAAUUGUAAAUAAAGCAUGUACAUUCUUGUUAAGAAUAAAACCAUUAUUCACCUUAUUAGUCGUCCACUUGCAUAAUUUAAUGAUGUUAAUCAAUAAAAUCUUGUUUACAG